CCAGAACAUACCAGAAUGGCUUUGCGGACGAAAACAGAUAAAAGAUAGUUCUCUUUUACGUCUGGGACAACGGUAUUAACAGAGACUUGUGGCUGGGUUAUUAAUUCUUUGUGCGAAUUGACCGUAAACGUCUUGCUUUAUCUUAAGAAGCGAGAAAGUAUCAAUUCUAUCCUUUUUCCUGUAGGUUCGUAUAUCUACCAUAAGCGCUUAUUGUUUCAUAACCCAUCCAGCAAUGUUCCAUGUAUUUUAUCUCGAGCUCCGAGUCACGAUCUGGUUACCCUGCUCAACCCUUCCACUUACACCGUAACGUUUGCUUGAUAAAAUGGCAGAACCGCAAUUAGCACAAGUCCCUCCUCUCCCACAUGGGCAAAGGCAUCAUUUAUUUGGGGCUACCGAAGUUCAUAGGAACUUGAACGAAUUAAAACUGAACUUCAAUAACGUGGUGUCGAAAUGGAAAUAUGAGGGACUCGAAAGCUUCAGUUUAGGGAAUAUAGUUGUUCGCUUAGGAGUUAAGGAAGGUCAAAUAACUAAGACUCGGUAUCGUAGACUAGCCAUAAAGCGAGCCCUCACUGACAACGCCGAGGACACGCUGAGGAACGAGAUCGAAACGAUCCAGGCUAUGCACCCCGCAGAACACAUCAUACACCCAAUAGUUACAUGCGAAUACCCGCCUCCGCCAGGACAGGCUGGAGGUGCGGGAGGUGCGGGAGGUGGUGGUCCUGCUGAGAAUGCAGCUGAUGAGCUUAGUCGACUGUUUCGACAGGUCAGCGUAAAAGCCAAGGAAGCAAUUAGGGAUCCUCAUAUCCCUUCUCGGCUGAGAGGGAGGCGGCAAGAUCAUAGAAUGACUACUAGAAGGGUCGUUAAGGAAUUAAACUUGGCGGCGCUAAAUGACUACCCAUAUAUGAUAUCGGAGUAUCUCGAGAAUGGCAAUCUGGACAGGUUGUUACAUAGAAUCUCAUAUCAUCAAGUUCCCAUCCCGAAUCGGGUCCUCUGGUCUAUAGCCCUCUGUAUGUUGAGGGCUUGUAUAGGAAUGGCAUACGGGAGGCCUUCACGGGAGGAUCUCGUAGCCGGUAUCAGGGGAGAAAUUCCAGAACCAAGACUAGAAACUAUUCCACCGGGUGACGCCGGUCCGAGAGGCUUAGUUCAUGGACGUAUCGAGAGCAAGAAUCUUAUAUUCGGUACCCCUGACAAUUUCCGGGAACAUAGCUUCGUGGCCCCUCUUAAACUCGCCGGUUUCUCGCAAGCACACAUGAUCGAGGAUGCUCGUGGCCCAAAAGAAAAUCUGUUAGGGAUGGGAAAAAUGCUCUUCAUCUUAGCCAUGAACGACUACAACCAAGAAAUUCUCCAUGACUCUAUGGUACAGCCAACAAUCCAGAAUGGAAUUUGGACGUACGCAACCUUACUAUAUGAAGACAAUCCUAAUAUUGACCUGGAUCUAAAAAAUUUAAUCGGAUACUGGAUGAACUGCGACCCUAACUUGAUGGUUAACGUACGGCAUGUACUCCCGCUAGUCGAAAAGGCUGUCGAGGAAAGGGGCGAGGCGUUUUAUCCCGGAGUACAUCGAGAGACGGACGCCUCUGUUAGAGCCUUCCUACAGCUCAUGAUAUACGAUGCAGCUCAAGAACCACCAAUGCUGGUAGCACAUAUGGAAGAAGUACCACCAUUCCCGCUACCAGCAUUUUUUGAUCAUCCUGGUGACGGCGACGGGCCUGCUGAAGAAGAUAUGUUAGACGGACCCGCUGACGAAGACGACGAUUUCUUCGAGGUCCCUCCAGAAUUUCAUGCUCCGGAAGACUUUCCCGAUCCACCAAUAAAGCACCCUGUAGGUGGUUUGUUUCCGCCGCAUGACCUCCCUGUUCCACCGCCAGAAAAUAAGAUACCGCCGCUGGAUCUUGCCAACGACGGCGAGGACGCUCCCGCCAACGAGGAACAACCUAAACAACCUCAUGACCCUCUUUACGACGAUUAGAUUCCACUAUGUAUUGCUGCGCUAUUUCUAGAAUGGGUAAUCGGUGCCAGUCCCUGGUUAGGUAGUCCUGGAGUAUUUAUGGGUAGUUUACAACUCUCCAAAGGUAGACCAUCUAGAAAGUACCUAAAGGUAUAUUAUAGGAUAACCUAGGUAGUGAUAUAAUCUACCCUGUAAUAUAAUGUACUUAUUACACUAGUAUAGAUAUUUAUCCUUUAUCGUGGCCUUAGUAGCCAUUUUUAAUUUCCUAGAGAUUCUCUCGUCCAUUUUGCUCGACGUACAUUCAUCGCCCUUCUAGGAUUAAGUCAAGUUUAUUUAAUCGAAUUUUCUUUACUCUGGAAUUCUUAAAGUAUACGUGGU